AUGAGUUCGAGCCUUCUUAUUUCACGGGACUCAUUUUUAUUUUCAUCGUUGUUACUAUUUUUCUUUACAAUUACGCAAGCCAGAAUGUUGGAACCUCGUCCAGGUCCAGACUCUGCAGACAAUCCAAAGCCAACAGAAGACAUUGUGUUAGAACCUUUGGACACAUCUGUCACUUCCCGUCCUUGGAGCCGAAAGUCUCCUGUACCCUCUAAAUAUUAUCUGGCUCCCAAAAACUCAAAUCCCCAUCCAUACCCACUGCUCAUCAACCCCACAUCAUUGUGUCUGCGCAAGAAGGAAGUGUUUCUUCUAGUGUUAGUACGCACAAUAUUCUCUCAGUUUGAUCGAAGGAUGGCAAUACGUGAAACAUGGGGCAAUAAACAAAACUUCCGUGAUGACAGUGUGGUAGUUGCUUUUCUCUUUGGGCGGGACCAGGACACACAUCUGCAGGCCUCCAUACAACGGGAAAGGACUGCAUAUGCAGCAUCAAUGAGAGUCAUCAACAAAUUGUACCUGAUGUCAUUAGAUACACCUUCGUUCAUGCCCGAUGAUGCUUGGAUAGGAGUUUUGUCUGAGAAGCUGGGACUUAAAUUUGUGGACACUUAUUAUGCUUUUGUGGGGAUCAGUCAGCGUCCAAGACUUCUAAAAGAAUUUAUGGAUCCAGAUUAUCUUGGUAGUGCUGCAAUGAUUGGUGUUCUAGAUUAUUCCUUUCCAGAUCAGGAAGCAGUCAUGAUUCGUCACUUGUGGAGGCUUGUACUUGACCAUCAACGAAAAUCAUUUGUGCGAAACCAGAUGCAGGCAGACUCAGCAAAGAUAGGUUCCCGCUGGAAGAUAUUUGAUGAGAACAAUGUUGUGUACCUGGCUACGUCUAUGAUAUUUGUUGAUGUCUUUGUAGUAGGCCUCAUAUUUUGUCUUCUCUUUUGUCGCAGGAAAAUUAAGAUGAGCUGCAAAGCUUCAUAUCGAUGUUUGAAUUGA